GCGGGCGCGCAGGCGCAGAGCCGGUCCUUGGGCGGCGGCCGCCGGCAUGGCGGAGGAGAAGAAGGCGAAGGUGAGCUGCACGCAGCUGCCCACCGAGUCCAUGAAGGCCAUGGCCGAGUCGGUGGGCGUCGGGCAGGUGCCGGAGGAGACGUGCCAGCUGCUGGCCGACGAAGUCAGCUACCGCCUCAAGGAGGUGGCCCAGGACGCCCUGAAGUUCAUGCGGAUGGGGAAGCGCCGCAGCCUCACGGCGGGGGACGUGGACUUCGCCCUCAAGCUCAAGAACGUGGAGCCCCUGUACGGCUUCCACGCGCAGGAGUUCAUCCCGUUCCGCUACGCCAGCGGCGGGGGCCGCGAGCUGUACUUCUACGAGGAGAAGGAGGCGGAGCUGGGCGACAUCAUCAACACGCCCCUGCCGCGCGUCCCGCUCGACGUCUGCCUCAAGGCACACUGGAUGAGCAUCGAAGGAGUUCAGCCCGCCAUCCCAGAAAACCCACCCCCAGCCCCGAAGGAGCAGCAGAAAGCAGAGGCCACGGAACCGCUGAAAGCCACCAAGCCCGGUCAGGAGGAAGAGGGGGCCCUCCAGGGCAAAGGCCAGAGUGCCACGCCCCCCGAUGGCAAAGGCAAAGAGAAGAAAGGACCCCUCUUGGAGGGGACCCCCCUGAAGCUGAAGCCACGAAGCAUUCACGAGCUGUCCGUGGAGCAGCAGCUGUACUACAAGGAGAUCACGGAGGCCUGCGUGGGCUCCUGUGAGGCAAAGCGGGCGGAGGCGCUACAGAGCAUUGCUACGGACCCAGGACUGUAUCAGAUGCUGCCUCGGUUCAGCACUUUUAUCUCGGAAGGGGUGCGUGUGAACGUGGUACAGAAUAACUUGGCCCUCCUCAUCUACCUCAUGCGGAUGGUGAAGGCUCUCAUGGACAACCCCACCCUCUACUUGGAGAAAUACCUGCAUGAGCUGAUCCCUGCUGUGAUGACCUGUGUGGUGAGCCGGCAGCUGUGCCUCCGGCCGGAUGUAGACAACCAUUGGGCCUUGCGGGAUUUUGCUGCUCGCCUCAUUGCCCAGAUCUGCAAGAACUUCAGCACCACCACCAACAACAUCCAGUCCCGGAUCACCAAGACCUUCACCAAGAGCUGGGUGGAUGAGAAGACGCCCUGGACCACGCGAUAUGGCUCUAUCGCUGGACUGGCUGAACUUGGGCAUGAUGUGAUCAAGACGUUGAUCCUGCCACGGCUGCAGGUGGAGGGAGAGCGGGUCCGUGCAGUCCUGGAGGGGCCUGUUGUCAGCAACAUUGACAAGAUCGGAGCUGACCACGUCCAGACCCUGCUGCUGAAGCACUGUGCUCCUGUUUUGGCCAAGCUGCGCCCUGCGCCUGACAACCCCGAGGCUUACCGGGCUGAGUACGGGCCGUUGGGCACCCUGCUGUGCACCCACGUGGUCAAGGCGCGUGCCCAGGCUGCCCUGCAAGCCCAGCAGGUGAACCGCACCACCCUGACCAUCACCCAGCCUCGCCCCACUCUGACGCUCUCCCAGGCCCCGCAGGGGUCCAGCAGUGCCUCGCGCACUCCCAGCAUCCUCAAGGUGCCCAGCUCCAUCACGCUGCCCAUGCAAACUCUGGUCUCUGCCCGGCCGGCCACCCCCACGCAGCCUUCGCCCCCUCCCACCAAGUUCAUCGUCAUGUCCUCUGCCUCUGGAACCUCCACUUCCCAGCAGGUGAUAACGCUCAGCGGGGCUCCUGCCGCUACGUCUACUUCCCCUGUCACCACCACCGUCCCCAGCACUCAGCCCCUGGUGAAGCUGGUUUCGGGCGGGCAGGCAGCCCCCAGCCCCCCCGUCUCUGGCAGCGUCCAGAAAUACAUCGUGGUCUCCCUGCCGCCUGCUGCCGAUGGCAAAGGGGCGAGCGGCCAGCUCUCACCCUCUUCUUCUGCCCAAGCCGGCUUGGCCCUCUCCACAGGCAUCAAGCAGGAACGCAGCGACAGCCCCCAGCCCCCAGGGAACUCCAGCACCAUCACAGCCACGGCCUUCCUCGCCAAGGCCAAUGGGGCACCGGGCCUGGUGCCAGAGUCCCCACAACCUUCCCUGUGAGAGAGGUGAUGGGUGGGCAGGGGCGGGCGGCAGCCUCUUCCUCUGGGCAGGUGGAGAUGUGAGGCAGAGCAAGUCCUCAGGUCUGCGGGAUGUGUGUCUCCACCCCCACCCUCCCUGGCAUCUCCUGUCCCACACAGAGAGGGCUGCCUCCACGGAUGAGUCACUUUUGUGUGUGUGGGAGGGGGCUGUUUACCCCUCAGAGGUGUCCCCAUCCCCCCUUCAAUGGUGUGUGUGUGUGUGUGUGUCUGUGCUCCCCCCUGUAAAUAAAUUCUUUUUGAUUGUUGCUACA